AUGUUGGUAGCAGUAUGUCUAGCAAGACGUGGUUAUGUUGAGAUUCGAAACUUCGGCAAUAGUGUGGAUCGUUGCCUAGACUGUAAACUGAGUCGGCAUGAGAAGCAGAAGGUGGUGGGACUGUACGAGUGUCAUGGGAAUGGCGGCAACCAGUUACGAAAUGCUGGUGGCGGCAAUCGGCAAUGCAUCGACUAUGCUUCACAUGGAACAAAGAGCUUCGGUCUUUAUCAGUGUCAUAUGCAAGGAGGAAAUCAGUAUUGGAUGAUGUCAAAAGACGGUGAAAUACGUCGUGACGAGUCAUGUAUAGAUUAUGCCGGCCAAGAUGUGAUGGUGUUUCCCUGCCAUGGCAUGAAGGGCAAUCAGGAAUGGCGAUACAAUCCUCAGGUAUAA